AUGAACGAGGAAUCGACUAGGUCGUCGACAACGAAUUCGCAAGGAGAACUGGUGACUCCGCGAGACACGUGGGGCCGGAAGAUCACGACGCCGACAGAUAGAUGGUACCUGGUGUACAUAAUAUUCACAAUGCACGGGAUGGGAAUGCUCAUGUCGUGGAACAUGUUCAUCACGAUCGCACCGCAGUACUACCACGACUACAUGUUCAACAACACCGACUAUCAAAACAGUUUCAUGUCGAUCAUCGGAGUCACUUCACAGAUUCCCAACGUCGGCAUUAUGAUCGUCAAUACGAUCGUUGUCAUGGUGUGAGUCGGAUUUUCGGGGUCCCGCCGAGGGGUUGACGAGUCGUUUGAUACCCAUAUUGUCUAGGUUUGUGUUGUGCGGAAUUCCGACUUCCGAGAGCUCAAACUUCUCGAACCUAAACAAUACACGGUCUCCCAGGGCGCUAAUGCUAAACACAGUGCGCUCGUAAAUUGCGGAGUGUCGUUGUAACUUUUGAAAAUUUGCAGGUCUAAAAAUCCAGUUCAAUUCGAGUUUACGACCUUUAUUUCUAUCUUUUUGACUUGAAAAACGUCUAGAAAACAAUAUUUUACUGAUUGGAAACCGUUCUUUACAGAAUUUAGAGUUUUUCAUGUUUUAGCAUCUUUUUCGCAUUUUGUGAAAACUUCAAACCUUUAUAUUUCAGCUCAUUUUGCAUUUUAUGAGUAUUGGAUCUUUUGACGUAAAAAAACGAAAAAAACGGAAAACAAUCAUUUUUUUCACAGCCUGAAUAACCCCAUUAGUUUUCUUGAGUAGUUUUCAAAAACUAUACGAAAAACAUCAAAAUCCAGGCAAAAACCUUCAAAUCAAAAUAACACGGCUAAUUCUCAACGAUAUGUGAGAUUUCUGUUACCAAAACGUAGCUCGUGCUCUAAUUAUUCGAAUCCAGGUUCCAGGCGUACAAAAUAAUAGGUGUAUUGUACAGAAAACAUGGAAAGAACGCGAACUCCCGUUGAAAAUUAAUUAAUCGGCCGCCGCGUAAAUCGACACAGCCCGCCUGUUGCAAGUGCGCCCCAUUGAAUUCAUUCGCGCCUUGGGAGACCGUGCAAUAUGGGUAUCAAAAGAGUGCAAACAUCCUGAAAAAACCCAAAAAUCGCAGAGGAUUCAUGAUGCUCCGCGUGGUGAUUCCCCUCAUCGUCAACUGUUUUCUCAUCGCCGUCAUCGUCGUGCUGGCCAUCUUUGUGACGCCCUCCCCGGACACUGUCACCUGGUUUUACGUCGUCACCCUCGUUAUCAUAAUGUCGAUGAAUUUGGCGAAUGGAAUCUAUCAGAAUUCAGUGUACGGAAUCGUCGCCGAUUUUCCCGACAACUACAUCAAUUCGCUGGUGAUUGGCAACAAUUUGUGCGGUGUUUUCACCUCUGUCUUGAGCAUUUUGACCCUCCUCAGUUAGUUUUGAUUGAAUUUGGAGUCUCGAGAAUGUUCAAUUCACUUACAGUCUCCCCGAAUGACAUCGAACUGAACGCAUUGUUGUACUUUAGCAUUUCUUUGGCUUUCAUGAUCAUUUGUCUAUUAUCCCUCUACUUUUUAGUCAGAUUGGUAAGUCAAAAGUCGACUUAUAAAUGAGAAAACUUAAAAACGUUUCAGCCAUUUUACCAGUAUCACAUUGCGAAAGGAGUGGAGGCCCGCGCCGAAGAGACUGUCGAUAAUCCGUCUUUGAGGCAAUAUUGGGAGUGCGUUCGAUUGGUACGAUCUUAUUUUUUUCAAAAAUUUACACAUUUUCAGUUAGUUGUUCAGCGGUUAACCGAAGAAAUGUGAAAAUAUUGGAACGCCCACGCGUUAUUGAGAAAAAUGAUUAACUGAAAAGUUGUAAGGCUUGGAAUUAUCUUCAACUUCAUUCUUUUGAAAAUUCAAAAAAUUUCAAAAAUGACCGAGAUACACUUGAUCAACGUUGACUAUUUCAGUGCUGGGUGCAAUUAUUCAACAACUUCUACGUCUACUUCGUCUCUCUAAUCAUCUUCCCCGCAAUGAUGACUGACAGUGUCUACUCGGACCCCGCGCACGGAAAAACUUCCGUUUUUGGAGGUAUCUCUUCAAUUAUUUGCCGAGUUCUACGAUAUUUGAGUACAGACAACCUCUUCUAUCCGAUUUGCACAUUCCUCAACUUUAAUUUGUUCGCCUGGAUCGGAUCCUCACUCGCCAAUUACGUACAGUUUGUGAGUUGACGGGGCAUUGAAUUGGAAAACCUCAAAAAGAUUGUAGCCGUCCGCCAAGUACCUAUGGAUCGGAGUGGUGCUCCGGACCAUCUUCAUUCCCUUUUAUUUGUUCUGCAACUAUCGUCCGGACACUCGAAGAUGGCCGGUUUUGUUCGAAAACGAGUGGUGGUUCACAAUUGGAUGCACCGUAAUGGCCACCACUUGCGGCUACAUGAGCAGUCUCGCCUUGAUCUACACGCCCGGGUGAGUACUGCAGGAUUACUCUAUCUGAGGGGUACGUAUUUGCAGUGAAGUACCAGCGAGAUACCAGAAACUGAGUGGAAUGCUCGCCUCGAUCUUCCUGAUGCUCGGAAUUUUGGCAGGAGUGGCGAGUACCCCGAUCGCCGCGUGGGCGGUCGAAAACAUUGGAUCUGUUAGGAAUGCUACGGUGUAA